GGAACAUCUGGAACCCAUAAUGACGCAGCCUGGGUGUUAUUGGCAGAAAGAAAAUAUGUAUUAUGUUUAGUUUGGUUUCUUUUCUAUCAGCUUCUCACCACAGGGGAAAAAGACUUUGGUGGAUCAGGCUAGUUGGUAAAAUGGCAUCAAUACUGUGGCUGUUCCUGAUAGUUCUCCCGCACCCUGGUCUAUCAGCUCCGAGACUCAAGGACAUAGAAAUAUGCAUGAUGGAUAAUGCUAAACUCCAACACAGAAUAAAAGUUCUGCAGAACCUCCUUCUGUUAGGUGAACUUCAAAUCCAAGACCUCACCAGAAAUAAUUACCAUUCAGUGAAGAGCAAGGUAUUUAAGAGCAGCACGGAGAGGAGGAGGCCCGAGGUCCAGCUUCCUUCAACCGGCGGCAACCUCAUCGUCUAUGAUGAAGAUUGUUCUUCAGUAUUUGAAAGUGGAAAAAGGGAGAGUGGUUAUUAUCGCAUACAGCCAAAACCUGAAAAUGAGCCAUUCCUUGUCUACUGUGAAAUGUCAGACGGAGGAGGCUGGACAGUGAUCCAGCGACGCAGCAAUGGCAAAGUGAACUUCAAUCGGGAAUGGGAUGAUUACAAGCAAGGUUUUGGGCUCUUUAAAAGCAGGCGUGAUGAAUACUGGCUUGGGAACAAUCAUAUUUAUGACUUGUUGGACAAAAGAGAAAUGUCGUUACAAAUCGAUCUCAUGGACUGGGAGGGAAACAGAAGAUAUGCAAUCUAUGAUCAAUUCAGAAUCGCAAAUGAAAAGGACAAUUACAGGUUGUGGGUAGGGUAUUGCUCUGGAAAUGCCGGAGACGGUCUCUCUGGUGGCAGCAACUUUGGAGAUCAGUGGUCAGCAUCAUUAAAGGGAAUGAUGUUUAGUACUUCGGAUAAAGACAAUGACAGAUACAUUCAAGGGAACUGUGCGGUGGAAAACAAAUGUGGUUGGUGGUUCAAUAGGUGUCAUUUGGCUAAUUUAAAUGGGUUAUAUUACAAGACAGGGAAUUAUUCUGGGCAAUACGACAAUGGGAUUGUUUGGUCUACAUGGCGUGGCUUGUGGUACUCGUUGAAACAAACAGUAAUGAAGAUCCGAAGUCCUUCAUAUCUCGGUGCAGGAAGCGGGAAUGGCAAAGAUGGCUAGCUGACCAACAGUAUGCAAUAAUCCCGAUGAAGGCAACAAACGCGUCAAAGGAAAUUUGUAAAAAUUGAAAUCAAAAUCUUUGAAUGCCAAAAUGAAGUUAUUCAAACACAUACAUAUAAUAUUCAAGACACUUCUUGGGGUUAUAAAUGAAAAUCUCAGACUUUUAUAACGAUUGGUAACAUUUUCUGAGUUACAAUGUACUAUACUAAAGAAUGUACAAUAAGCCGUAUGCAAUAAAUUGUAUAAUAGAUGGUGCCUUCGCUGUAAUUUAUACUUUUCACAAUACAAUCUAUAGAAUAUUUUACAAGCACAAUAAAUGAGAAUGUUAAACCCGUAAAA